CUCCCUUUCUCUUUUACUCUGGGGGUGCAGUCAGCACUCAGCUCGUCCCGGUUCUCUCCUGAAGGCCACGGUUAGCACCCUUGCUGAAGUGGAGAAGAUGAAUGGAGGCCUGCAGAACGGCUCCUGCUGCGAUGGAGAUUUCAUCGGCGGAGACGGAGACUUCAUGUUCACCUCGGAGUCAGUGGGAGAGGGGCAUCCAGAUAAGAUCUGUGAUCAGAUCAGUGAUGCAGUGUUGGACGCUCACCUAAGGCAGGAUCCGGAUGCUAAAGUGGCCUGUGAGACGGUAUGUAAGACGGGUAUGGUGCUGCUGUGUGGAGAGAUCACGUCUCGUGCCAAUGUAGACUACCAAAAGAUCGUAAGAGACACCAUUCGCCAUAUUGGAUACGACGACUCAAACAAAGGGUUCGACUAUAAGACGUGUAAUCUUCUGGUGGCUCUGGAGCAGCAGUCUCCGGACAUCGCUCAGGGAGUUCAUGUAGACCGGCAGGAGGCAGAGAUAGGAGCUGGAGACCAGGGUCUGAUGUUUGGCUACGCUACAGAUGAGACGGAGGAGUGUAUGCCUCUCACCAUCAUGCUGGCGCACAAACUCAAUGCUAAGAUGGCUGAACUCAGGCGUAACGGCACUGUUCCCUGGCUGCGACCAGACUCCAAGACACAGGUGACAGUGCACUACUCACAGGAGAACGGUGCGCUGAUUCCUCGGAGAGUUCACACCAUCGUUAUCUCCGUCCAGCAUGACGACUAUGUGACUUUGGAUGAGCAGAGGGAGGUGCUGAAGGAGAAAGUGAUCAAGGCCGUGGUUCCAGCCAAAUACCUGGACAAGAAGACCGUCUACCACCUUCAGCCCAGCGGCCGCUUCGUCAUCGGAGGCCCUCAGGGAGAUGCAGGAGUAACAGGACGUAAGAUCAUUGUGGACACUUACGGAGGCUGGGGGGCUCAUGGAGGCGGGGCAUUCUCUGGGAAAGAUUAUACCAAGGUGGACCGUUCCGCUGCCUACGCCGCCCGCUGGGUUGCCAAAUCCCUGGUGAAGGCCAAGCUGUGCCGAAGAGUGCUGGUUCAGGUGGCGUACGCCAUUGGAGUAGCUCAGCCUCUCUCCAUCUCGCUGUUCACCUACGGCUCCUCCCACAAAAAUGAGAAGGAGCUUCUACAGAUUGUCAAUAAGAACUUCGACUUGAGGCCUGGGGUCAUCGUCAGGGAUUUGGAUCUGAAAUGGCCGAUCUAUCAGAAGACAGCGUGCUACGGACACUUCGGCAGGAAAGAGUUCCCCUGGGAAGUGGCCAAGAACCUCAACUUCUAGUGAUGUGUCGUGUGUGUGUGUGUGUGUGUGUGAGUGUGUGUCUCAGCACCGUGUAUAUACUCGGCACGUGUGGAUGUGUAUCAUCUCUCUUGCGUGUGUGUGUGUGUGUGUGUGAUUUAAUACAGGAGUGACGUGUGCAGCUGUCUGUCACCAUGAUCCGAGAGAGGCAGCUGAGUCUGAACGUGUACAUUUGUGUGUGUAUGAGAGCGUGUGUGUGUGUGUGUGUACGAGUGUGUGUGUGUUGAAUGUAAAAAAUAAACUUCUAAAAGUAAUCCUGA